AACAAACAGGGGCACUGCACUGGUGGUUGUUUUAAGAAUAUUUGCAACGAUGUCACCUGUCGAAGAACAACAGGGCGAUAAACCCAUCCAACCUAAAAUUGGUAUAAUAUAUCCUCCACCUGAAGUAAGGAAUAUCGUCGAUAAAACGGCGAGUUUUGUAGCACGUAAUGGUCCAGACUUUGAAUCUCGUAUUCGUCAAAAUGAGAUCAGUAAUCCAAAGUUCAAUUUUCUGAAUCCAGCUGAUCCAUACCACGCGUAUUAUCAACACAAAGUUCGAGAGUUUGCUGAAGGGAGAACACCAGAACCUGCUGCUCUAAAAUUAACUAUUCCCAGUGCUGCUCGUCUUGCUCAGGAUACUCCAAAAUCGAUUCAAGAAACAUUUACACCCAAGGAUCCACCAGCUGAAUUUGAAUUUGUUUAUGAUCCACCUUCUAUUAACGCAGUUGAUAUUGACAUAAUAAAACUUACAGCACAAUUUGUUGCAAGAAACGGUCGACAAUUUUUAACUCAGUUAAUGAAUCGAGAACAGAGAAAUUAUCAGUUUGACUUUCUCCGUGCUCAGCACAGUAUGUUUGGUUAUUUUACAAAACUUGUGGAACAAUACACUAAAAUCUUAAUACCACCUAAAGACGUUGUUUCGAAAUUGGAGGACGAGUUAGAGAAACCGAAACAGCUGCUUGACGAUGUAAAAUAUAGGGUUGAAUGGCAUAAGUAUCAAGAACGUCAGCGUAAGCGUGAGGAGGAGGCUGCAGAACGUGAACGUGUGGCGUACGCAAUGAUUGAUUGGCAUGAUUUCGUGGUUGUUGAAACAGUUGACUUUCAACCAAACGAAGCAGGUAAUUUCCCUCUACCGACUACUCCUGAUGAAGUUGGAGCACGCUUACUAGCUGAAGAACGUGGUCUUCAGCCUCCUUCAAAGCCGUCAGCCCCUCCACCCCCCGGUUCACUUGGAUUAAUGCCAACUGAUAUAGAUGAAGAUGAUACAAGUGACCAAGAAUUAGAUGAAUCAGAAGAUGAAAAUGAAGCUUCUGGGCUUUCUCAACCUAAAGGCCAGGGUCCGAUCAAUCAUAGCCCUCUACCAUAUCCUGAUGAAACAGAAAAUCGGGUUACUGAUGAUAUCCCAACCCCACCUGCUGCUAAUAUGACUGAUAUAGCUGGAGAAGAUGAUAUGGAGUUAUCAGAUGAUGAGAAUAUUGCUGAAGAACUCAUUCAGCAAAACAAAGUAUCAGCAAAACAGGUACCAUUAUCUUCUGAUCAAGUCAUUAUUCGACAUAACUACGACCCAAAAGCUACAAAUAUUAGAAGAGCAGAGGAUUCUGUGCUUUUAGUAUCACCUUUCACUGGCGAGAAGAUUCCUGCUAACCAAGCUCCAAAACAUAUUAAGGUUGGGCUACUCGAUCCUAAGUGGGUCGAACAGCGUGAUCGAGAGAUUCGCGAGAAACGUGAACAAGAACAAGUUUAUGCUGCAGGAAAUCUGAUUGACAGUAGCUUAAAGCAGCUUGCUGAGCGUCGCACAGACAUUUUCGGUGUAGGAGUUGAUGAAAUUCAGAUUGGCAAGAAAAUAGGAGAACAGGAAAUAGUCAAGUCUGAUAAGCUAGUUUGGGAUGGUUACUCUGUUACUACAGAUGUUGUUGCCAAAAGAAACUUAGAAGCGGUUACUGUUAAAGAUAAGCUGGAUUUAUUAGAGUUCCAACAGAAAUUGGAUUCUGCUCGCGAUAAGAUUGGUCCUCAAAGUGGGGUGCUCCCUGCUCUAGGCAUUAUCCCUCCGGUACUGCAUAAGCCGACAAUCUUGUUGCCACCACCAUCAAUGCAAGGUGGAGUUACACAACCUCCACCGCCCCCACCCCCUCCCGGCCUUGUAAUGCUUUCCAGUGCGCCACCACCAUUACCACCAGGUCUAUUUCCUCCCGGGAUGCCACCUCCACCCGGCAUAGCUAUACCGAGUUUCAUGCCUCCACAUCCACCCAUCCCACCACCACCACUUCCACCUCCAACACCUGCUAAUGAUGGAGAACCGGAAGCAAAAAGACCGAGAGAAUAGUUGAGUAAUAUUGGUCAAUAAGUGUACCUUUGUAUCAACUAGCUACUAUCUCAAAUAUAUUUUCCCAUGUUUCAAUGGUUUUAUUCAUAUUAAUUUUUUAUUCUCCGUUAGUCUUUUUCAGAGUAGUCUUUGAUAUACAUUUACUCGUUGUAGUAUGCUGUGUAUAUUGUAAACGACUUAUAGUGACGAAUUCACACUGAUACACGACUUCAUUGAUUGUCAUUAGUUCAAAGUAAUCCAUAUUAAAAGUAGGAGGAUUCGCUUUUUAUUUUUAUAGGAUACGAAUCCAAAGAUGUAAUAAACUUGGUGAUUAGUUUCUGCUGUUGUCCUUUUUAUGGUAUUUUCAUUAGAUUUGUGUAUAUGUUUGUUGUAAGUAUCAAUCUGUCAUUCAAUUAUCAGACACAACCAGUUCUAUCUAUGAUACAAAUAAGUCAACUACAUCGUUAUCUUUUCAUGAUGAAGUAAUUAAAGGUAUUGUGUGAUGUCAUAAUGUUAAAGCGCUUUAUUUAGGUGAUUAAUAGUCCAUUAAACACUUUUUGAGAAAUAGGUUGAAAACAUCCAAUCCUGAAAUGCGAUCAUUGCUCUUCUAGCUUUAUCGAUUGUAUGGUAUUUUUUGAAGAACGAGAUGGAUAAAUGUUAAUGAUUGAUAUUAAUACGAAUGUUAUUGAUUGUGCGACUGAUUCUGGCAGUAUCGCGAAAGUCUACGCUAAAAUUGUGGUUUUGUAUGUGUACUAGAUGAAAUGCCCUGGUACGACCGAGAGUAGGGAGAGUCCGCUCUCCUCGAAAUGCUCUCACAUGGCCACG